CGGACCUGUCAGGGGGCUCCACCCAGCCUCGGGGCUGGGGGCAAGGAUUUAACCUGCAAUUCCAAUGCACUUUCCCCCUCUGGUCCCCACCCCCCUCCUCCAUCAGCUGGCAUGAAAAAGAAAAGGGGGGUGGGAAUGAAUCCGAGAAGCUCCUGUGUGCAGGAAGUUACUUUGCCAGGGCAGAGAGCAGCCCGGCGCGGGGUGGGUUUGGGCGUGUUUGUUGUCCCCAACGAGAAGUUGUCUGGGUUGCAGAGCAGACGCCGCUCGCCUCGGGCAGCAGCAGCAGCAGAUUAUGGUGGGAGCGCAGCAGGGCUAGCAGCAGCAGCAGCAGCAGCAGCAGCGGUGGCGGCGGCAGUUCCCAGCAGACCUGGGCUGUGAUUGUGUGGUUUGCUUCCCCCACCCCCUGUUGCAAACCCCCGGGGGAAGCGCAGGCUGAGGAGCCGAGCGGGCAUCGCGGAGGGGGGCCGGGGUGGGUGGCGCGGGCUGGCUGGGGAGAGGGCACCGAGUAUCAUGGCGGAUCGGACAGCUCCUAGAUGCCAGCUCCGCCUGGAGUGGGUGUACGGGUACAGGGGGCAUCAGUGCCGCAACAAUCUGUACUACACGGCCGGCAAAGAGGUUGUGUACUUCGUGGCUGGAGUCGGGGUGGUGUACAACACCAGGGAGCACAGCCAGAAAUUCUUCCUGGGACACAACGAUGACAUUAUCAGCCUUGCAAUACAUCCAGAUAAAACUCUGGUAGCUACAGGACAGGUUGGGAAGGACCCAUACAUUUGCAUCUGGGAUUCCUACAGCAUACAGACUGUUUCUGUUCUCAAGGAUGCACAUACACAUGGAGUCGCCUGCUUGGCUUUUGAUUCAGAUGGCCAGCGUUUAGCUUCAGUGGGACUGGAUGCCAAAAAUACAGUCUGUAUUUGGGAUUGGAAGAAAGGAAAACUGCUGGCAACAGCUACAGGCCAUUCAGAUAGGAUUUUUGAUAUUUCCUGGGAUCCGUAUCAACCAAACAGAGUGGUUAGCUGUGGAGUGAAACAUAUAAAGUUCUGGACAUUGUGUGGAAAUGCAUUGACAGCAAAAAGAGGAAUAUUUGGCAAGACAGGGGAUCUCCAAACUAUCCUUUGCUUAGCAUGUGCAAAAGAAGAUGUCACAUACUCUGGUGCUUUAAAUGGAGACAUAUAUGUUUGGAAAGGGCUGAACUUAGUUCGCACAAUUCAAGGAGCGCACAGCGCUGGAAUUUUUAGUAUGUAUGCUUGUGAGGAAGGUUUUGCCACUGGUGGGAGAGAUGGUUGUAUUCGGUUAUGGGACACCGAUUUCAAACCAAUUACUAAAAUUGAUCUCAGGGAGACUGAACAAGGAUACAAAGGUUUGUCCAUCCGAAGCGUUUGUUGGAAAGCAGACAGACUUUUAGCAGGGACACAGGACAGUGAAAUAUUUGAAGUGAUAGUAAGAGAGAGAGAUAAACCAAUGCUGAUAAUGCAGGGUCAUUGUGAAGGGGAGCUCUGGGCUUUGGCAGUCCAUCCAAAGAAGCCUUUAGCUGUCACAGGCAGUGAUGAUCGAUCCGUACGGUUAUGGAGCCUUGCUGAUCAUGCCUUGAUUGCUCGCUGUAAUAUGGAGGAAGCUGUACGCAGUGUAUCUUUUAGUCCUGAUGGAUCCCAACUAGCUCUUGGGAUGAAAGAUGGCUCCUUUAUCGUUCUCAGAGUAAGAGAUAUGACAGAGGUAGUUCAUAUCAAAGACCGAAAGGAAGUAAUUCAUGAAAUGAAAUUUUCGCCAGAUGGCUCUUACCUUGCUGUGGGUUCUAAUGACGGCCCUGUGGAUGUCUAUGCAGUUGCUCAACGGUAUAAGAAAAUUGGAGAAUGUAAUAAGUCAUCUAGUUUUAUUACUCAUAUUGACUGGUCUGUGGAUAGUAAAUUCUUGCAAACCAAUGAUGGUGCAGGAGAGCGACUGUUCUACAGGAUGCCAUCUGGAAAGCAUUUAACCAACAAAGAGGAGAUCAAAGGAAUUCACUGGGCUUCAUGGACCUGUGUGAUAGGGUCUGAGGUGAAUGGAAUUUGGCCCAAAUAUACUAACAUCACAGAUGUCAACUCUGUAGAUGGAAAUUACGGUAGCUCAGUGCUUGUGACUGGAGAUGAUUUUGGAUUGGUUAAAUUAUUCAGAUUUCCUUGCCUAAAGAAAGGAGCUAAAUUUAGAAAAUAUGUUGGCCACUCAGCCCACGUAACUAAUGUCCGGUGGUCACAUGAUUUUCAGUGGGUGUUAAGUACAGGAGGUGCUGAUCACUCUGUUUUUCAAUGGAGAUUUAUUCCAGAAGGUGUAACAAAUGGAAUCCUUGAAACUGCAUCCCAAGAGGGCAGUAUCGAUUCGCAUAGUGAAGAAUCAGAUUCUGAUUUGUCUGAUGUGCCAGAGCUUGACUCAGAUAUCGAACAAGAAGCUCAAAUCAACUAUGAUCGCCAGGUUUACAAAGAAGAUCUACCUCAGCUGAAACAACAAAGUAAAGAAAAAAAACAUUCAGUGCCCUUCCUUAAAAGAGAGAGAGCGCCUGAGGACAGUUUAAAAUUGCAGUUUAUACAUGGUUACAGAGGCUAUGACUGUCGAAAUAAUUUGUUCUACACACAAACUGGAGAGGUAGUUUACCAUAUUGCAGCUGUUGCUGUUGUGUACAAUAGGCAACAACACACCCAAAGACUGUAUCUUGGUCAUGAUGAUGACAUCCUCAGCCUAGCUAUCCAUCCAGUGAAGGACUAUGUUGCUACUGGACAGGUUGGAAGAGAUGCUGCUAUUCAUGUAUGGGAUACCCAGACACUAAAGUGUUUAUCAUUGCUGAAAGGCCAGCAUCAAAGAGGAGUAUGUACCCUGGAUUUUUCAGCUGAUGGAAAGUGUUUGGCAUCUAUUGGGCUGGAUGAUAACCACACCAUUGUGCUUUGGGACUGGAAAAAAGGAGAAAAGUUAGCAACAACCAGGGGCCACAAAGACAAAAUAUUUGUAGUGAAGUGUAAUCCACAUCAUGUAGACAAGCUAGUCACUGUUGGGAUGAAGCACAUCAAAUUUUGGCAACAAGCAGGUGGGGGCUUUACAUCUAAACGAGGGACCUUUGGAAAUAUUGGAAAACUGGAAACUAUGAUGAGUGUUUCCUACGGGCGAAUAGAAGAGCUAGUAUUCUCUGGAGCUGCUACUGGAGACAUUUACAUUUGGAAAGACACACUGUUGCUUAAGACAGUUAAAGCCCAUGACGGACCAGUAUUUGCUAUGCAUGCAUUGGAUAAGGGUUUUGUAACAGGUGGAAAAGAUGGAAUUGUGGCACUCUGGGAUGAUAUGUUUGAGAGAUGUCUGAAGACAUAUGCUAUUAAAAGAGCAGCAUUAUCUCCUGGCUCUAAAGGUUUACUACUGGAAGACAACCCCUCCAUUCGUGCCAUUACCUUAGGACAUGGGCAUAUACUAGUAGGAACUAAAAAUGGAGAGAUACUUGAAAUUGAUAAAAGUGGUCCCAUGACACUGCUUGUUCAGGGACACAUGGAGGGGGAAGUCUGGGGCUUGGCAGCUCACCCUCUUUUGCCUAUAUGUGCAACAGUGAGUGAUGAUAAAACACUAAGAAUCUGGGAGCUUUCCUCCCAGCACCGCAUGCUGGCUGUGAGGAAACUCAAAAAAGGUGGAAGGUGCUGUGCCUUUUCUCCUGAUGGGAAAGCCUUGGCUGUAGGGCUGAACGAUGGGAGUUUUCUGGUGGUGAAUGCUGAUACUGUUGAAGAUAUGGUCUCUUUUCAUCACAGAAAAGAAAUGAUCUCUGAUAUCAAAUUUUCACGAGAUUCAGGAAAAUACCUGGCAGUGGCUUCCCAUGAUAAUUUUGUAGAUAUUUACAAUGUGCUUACCAGCAAAAGAGUUGGCAUCUGCCGAGGUGCUUCUAGCUAUAUCACACACAUUGACUGGGACUCAAGAGGAAAAUUAUUGCAAGUCAAUUCUGGCGCCAAAGAACAACUAUUUUUUGAAGCACCCAGGGGCAAAAGACAUAUUAUAAGAACUGCAGAGAUAGAGAAGAUUGAGUGGGAUACUUGGACAUGUGUUCUUGGUCCUACAUGUGAAGGAAUUUGGCCCAGACACAGUGAUGUCACUGUCGUAAAUGCAGCCAGCCUUACCAAAGAUGGAACCUUGUUAGCUACAGGAGAUGAUUUUGGUUUUGUGAAGCUUUUUUCAUAUCCAGUGAAGGGCCAACAUGCAAAGUUCAAGAAGUAUGUGGGUCACAGUGCCCAAGUAACCAAUGUUCGAUGGUUACAUAAUGACUCUGUGCUGCUGACUGUAGGUGGUGCUGAUACUGCUCUGAUGAUCUGGACCAGAGAGUUUGUGGGUAUCCAGGAGAGUAAACUGGUUGACAGUGAGGAGUCAGAUACAGAUGCAGAAGAGGAUGGAGGUUAUGACAGUGAUGUUGCGAGAGAAAAAGCUAUUGAUUAUACAACUAAGAUCUAUGCUGUAAGCAUCCGAGAAAUGGAGGGAACAAAACCCCACCAGCAACUGAAAGAAGUUUCAGCAGAGGAAAGGCCACCAGUUAGCAGAGCUGCUCCUCAACCUGAAAAACUGCAAAAGAAUAAUAUCAACAAAAAAAAGAAACUGGUUGAGGAGCUGGCUUUAGACCAUGUUUUUGGAUACAGAGGAUUUGACUGUCGUAACAACCUUCAUUACCUCAAUGAUGGUGCUGAUAUUAUUUUCCACACAGCUGCAGCAGGCAUAGUUCAAAAUCUUUCCACGGGAAGCCAGAGUUUCUACUUGGAGCAUACUGAUGACAUUCUCUGCCUGACUGUGAAUCAACAUCCAAAAUAUAAAAACAUUGUUGCUACCAGCCAGAUUGGUACAACUCCUACUAUUCACAUAUGGGAUGCUAUGAAUAAGCAGACUCUUUCUAUGCUGCGUUGCUUCCAUACCAAAGGGGUCAACUAUGUUAACUUCAGUGCUACUGGCAAACUUCUGGUAUCAGUAGGAGUAGAUCCAGAGCAUACCAUCACAGUGUGGAGGUGGCAAGAAGGGGCUAAAGUGGCCAGCCGAGGAGGGCAUCUGGAGAGGAUAUUUGUUGUUGAGUUCCGCCCAGAUUCAGACACUCAGUUUGUGUCAGUUGGGGUAAAACACAUGAAGUUCUGGACAUUAGCUGGCAGUUCUUUGCUUUACAAAAAAGGAGUAAUUGGUUCCAUGGAAGAUGCCAAAAUGCAAACCAUGCUUUCUGUUGCCUUCGGAGCGACUAACCUUACAUUUACUGGUGCCAUAAACGGAGAUGUCUACGUCUGGAAGGAUCACUUUUUGGUUAGACUGGUAGCUAAAGCUCAUACGGGUCCAGUGUUUACAAUGUACACAACUCUUCGAGAUGGACUAAUUGUCACUGGAGGGAAGGAGAGACCGACAAAAGAAGGAGGUGCUGUAAAACUGUGGGACCAGGAGAUGAAGCGCUGCCGAGCUUUUCAGCUCGAGACAGGACAGAUUGUUGAGUGUGUGCGUUCAGUUUGCAGAGGAAAAGGCAAAAUUUUAGUAGGAACAAAAGAUGGGGAAAUACUUGAAGUAGGAGAAAAAAAUGCUGCCUCAAACCUGCUGAUUGACUGUCAUAUGGAAGGGGAGAUUUGGGGCUUAGCAACUCACCCCUUGAAAGAUAUAUUUAUCUCUGCAAGUAAUGAUGGAACAGCAAGAAUCUGGGAUCUCUGUGACAAAAAACUGCUGAACAAAGUGAAUUUAGGCCAUCCUGCUAGAUGUGCUGCAUAUAGUCCUGAUGGUGAGAUGGUUGCUAUUGGCAUGAAGAAUGGAGAAUUUGUCAUUUUAUAUGUAAACAGUCUUAAAGUCUGGGGAAAAAAGAGGGACCGGAAGUCAGCUAUUCAGGAUAUCAGGAUCAGCCCUGAUAACAGAUUUUUGGCAGUGGGUUCCCAAGAACAUACUGUAGAUUUUUAUGACCUCACUCAAGGCACAACUUUAAACCGGAUAGGCUAUUGCAAAGACAUUCCAAGCUUUGUCAUUCAGAUGGAUUUUUCAGCAGACAGCCGAUACAUUCAGGUAUCAACUGGUGCCUAUAAACGUCAAGUUCAUGAGGUGCCACUGGGAAAACAAAUAACAGAUGCUGCACUAAUAGAAAAAAUCACAUGGGCCACAUGGACAAGCAUUCUUGGAGAUGAAGUCAUUGGAAUUUGGCCACGCAACACUGAUAAAGCUGAUGUCAACUGUGCAUGCGUGACCCAUGCUGGCUUAAAUAUAGUUACAGGAGAUGAUUUUGGUCUAGUGAAACUUUUUGACUUUCCAUGCACAGAAAAAUUUGCCAAACACAAACGCUAUUUUGGUCAUUCUGCUCAUGUUACCAACAUCCGCUUUUCUCAUGAUGACAAGUACAUCAUAAGCACAGGAGGAGAUGACUGCAGUGUAUUUGUGUGGAGAUGCCUUUGAAAGGAAAACUCCCUGGCCUCUGCUGCUGCUGCAAUUACUCUACAAUGGCAGAAGACUGGAGAGUCAACACCUCUUCCCCUUUGGCUGCUGUUAUUUUAUUACACAAAUGCUGCAUGGAUUACCCAUUUUCAGAUGCGUGUGGUUACGAGUACUACUAUGAGCUUGCAUUUGGAAGGCUGCAAUGCCCUUGGAGAAGGCACUUGUUCGUAACAGCUGUUCCCAGGCCUGGGUGAUGAAGUGCUCCAUGCUUGAACUGCUUUUGCUAAAUAUUUUAUUGUUCAAACCACGUCAACAAAAGUACAGCUCAACAAGAAAGCUUGUGGGGCACAGUUGCCCUUUUGACUUGCAUAACUUUAAAAUUUAUUGUGGGAUUAUUUUUUGUUGGGUUUUUUUUGUUUAUAUACAUUCCAUCAGGAACGUUCACAAUUUUAAACGACUGCUAAAAAGUCCAGUGUGGAAUCUAAUGCGGGGUAAGCAAAGCUCUGCCUAACUUGCGCUGAGCACAGCUGGUCUCAUGUCUUAGGUCUCAGUAAGCCAACGAGCCAAGUAUUGCAUUUGAAAGCUCUUUUUUAAGUAUGUUCCAUUGGCCGUUUUCUCUCCACAAAGUGCCUUUGAAAAAGAUAUUUCCAAUAGUAAACAGGCUACAAUCUAGCCUUCCGCUAAUGUCUGCUUUCUACAUAUGGUGCUACAACUUUCACACUGAGGAGGGCUAAACACAAACCCCUUUUCCAAACAUGUAUGUGGGUCACCCAUAUUUUGCUUUACAGUUAAUACUUCCACAACUGAAUUACAACCUGUUCCCUUCAGGGGACUGACUAUACACCUUGUAAGAGCAAUUACUGAAUCUGGAGUGUUAGUGGCAGUUUACCAAGGGAUGGAGUGCAUCUGGCCCCAGAAAGUGAUAGAUUAAGCCCAGGCUUUUAAGCUCCACCCAGAGCCUGGAGGUGGGAAGCACACACAAAAAAUGUGUUUUAGGUAGUAGGAAAGAUAAAUAUAAAGUUCCACAGUAAGUGGCAAAGGAAGUUAAUGAAGUGCUCUAGACACUUCCAAGAAGUAUCAUUUCCCAUUAUUCAUAUAGCAGGGGGUAGAAAGAUGCUAACUGAAGGCCAUGAAGGAUGGGGAAACCAGUGGCAGAAAUAGCUUGACACCGUUUUCUAAUUUAACAAGGCUGCGCUGUUUAGCCACAGCAAACAGGCAGCUGUGGUGCUACUUAGUUUACUGGAAGCAUGAUGUUUCCUGGAAAGUACGGUGUCUCUUCCCUCAGCCCUACGUGGCCUGCAACAUCCUAUAGGAAUGGAUACCUGUACCCAAAGUCCUGCUGUGGAGCUGCUGUGUUGAAGUCAUAGACUCAUUCUGCUUAAACUGGAAACUAUUUUUUCCUCCUCCUUAAGAGCUUUUUUUGUACCUCAACAAUGAGUAAAGCUGGUAAAUUUUCCAACACAUUUAGUCAGAGAAUACCUCUCAAAACCAAGCCCAUGAAAGAGUUAGUUUUGAUGCACUGUUGUCAGGAAAGGAAUCAAACAUUUUUAUGAGAUUAAGACAUUCUGGUUUGGCAUUUUCUGAAUGGCAUGUUUCAAUUCUGUUUUAAAAUGCCUUUUUAAAUGUAGAGAGGUCUAUUCUAGGGUGGAAAGAAACAAACUUGAAAUGUUCUCACUGAUCAGAGAUGACCUUUUUGAACAUUUCUUGUGAAAUACAGAAUAGUAAUGAUUUCAGUCCAAUUCAGGAAAAUAACAUUUUGAAAUCAUAGAAAUAAACUCCAGUUCCCCCACACCUCUGAUGAGAAAGUAGCUGUUGAUUGUACAGUGUCUUUGGAAUGAUGGACAGUAGGGCCCAUUAAGAGAGUAAAUCAAUGUAUAUACAAAAAGCACACAAAAAAGUGCUUCAGCAACCUCAGUCUUUUGUUUGAAUUGAUGGAAUUUAUUAAUGCCUUACACUACUCUACAGAAGGUCAGUUUGUGCAACACAGAAGUCCCUAUGCAGUCUUAAUUUUUUUUUUUUAGGAAACUUUCUUCUGAAUUAAUAUAACCAUAUUGACUGGUGAUGUUGGUUGAGCACCUUCUUUGCCUAUGUUGUAAUGUUGGCCUUUCAUAUUGAUUGUAUCCUAAAUAAAAAUAAUUGUGUGGCAGAAUGAAUUGAUCAAUGGUGAUAUGGUAAAAAUAUAUAACAGCAAUAGUGUCUGUCAGGAAAACACUUAAAUAUGAUUUGUAUUUGUUUAUAUGGUCUGUUAUGUAUAAAUAUCCUCAAAAGUAAUACUGUAUUAUAUUGUAAAUUAAAAUAUUCAUGCAUGAAUUUAUUUUUCAAUGGCCAAGAUUAGUAUGAUUUCAAAACACCUGUGUGUCAAAUAAAUUUGGUUAUUAAUUUUCA